ACCGAAGAAACAAUGUCGGAGACGCCUCUCCUCAAGGACUCCAACUCGGAGGGGGGCGGCGACCAAGAAAGCAAAUUCAGAAAAUCAAAGAACCUGCAAGACCUGUCGCGCGGCAAGGAUUUGGCCGCCACGGCGAGCCUUUCCGGUGGAGAGAGAAAGAAGGGGGUUUCUGACAGCAAGAACGGACCAGUUUUGCCGACACGUGAGGACGCGUCUGUCGCCGAGGAGUUGGCCGCUGAUGCCCGUGCUCUCGUUGACGAGCUACGCGGCAGCGGCAGCAUCUUCAUCGACCCCGCCAAGGCGGUCGCCCGUACGGCAGCAGCGUACGCCAAGUCACAGGACGAUCGGGAGGCUGCAACUAGAUUGGCAGAUGCGCUGGCUAUCUUCAAUGAGCUCUUCGCCGUUUCGAAGCCAACGACAAUCAGCUACAAAAUGAGCGAGGUCCUUCACGGUUCCGCCAAAGUUCUUCCCGGUCGGCACUAUCUCUGCCGCUCUGCUAAUCUCGAUCUCAAGAAGGCAAUUCAGGCCUGCUCUUCUGAAAACACCCCUUCGCACGAGAACAAGAUUACAAAGAAGGCAAGCGAUGGCGACGUGGCGCCACCGCGAGGCCGGCCACUCAGUGCCAGGUCGCUUGCGGACACGGCCUCCGAUGCCAAGUGCUCAUGGACCAAACGGCUCCGACUUGCCAUCACUCCGCAAGAACCACUGCUUCCAAUUCAGGUCCCUGACGACGAGGCCAAGCUGAUUGAGAAACGUCAGAUUCUCUACGGGUUGGCCCUCGCCGCACCUGUGCCAUUACUCACGUCGGCGGCCGGCCUCCAACUGUUCCCGGGUGCCUGGGCGUUCGUUGCUGGCGCAGGCAUCGCCGUAUGGAUCGUCACGAGCUGCGGUAUGGUACUCAACCAGUACGGGCGAUUGGACUGGGAGAAACGGGCCGCCCGGGCGUUGGGCCGCCUGGGCGUACUAGGCGCUGCGCUGAUGUUCAGCUUUUACGGCUACCGGGCUUUCUUCCCUUCUGCGCCGUGGGGGCUUGUGAUCCUCAUUGGUGCAGCCGUCUUAGGCCUCGGCGCUCCCUGGGCGAUGAGCUGCAUCCGAGGUGACGAUGUCAUCCCAGGAGAGGACUGAACGCGCAGCGGCAGUGACGACGGGUCAGCAUGAUGGUCCGGAUGCGCGAGCUCUUCUUCUUCCUGUUGACAACUGACCGGCGACCUCUGUGGUUGCAGCAGUGCUGAGACUCCAGACGCUGUGGACUUAGCUGUGACUGCAGCAUGACGCAAACUGUGUGGAUGAUGGUCAACGUUACUUCUGCCAUACAUCCAUGGUUGACAUGGGCAACCAAACGCUAACGUGUACAUUACUUUGAGAUUUUGGUGUGCUUCACGAUUGUUUUCUGUAAUUUGUCUGUUUGUUUACUUCACUGUUCACUGUUGAACAAAAAUAAGAAUUUGAGAAAAAUAAGAA